AUGGCUAUCCCUUCUGCCUUCGAUGCAGUGAAGACGCAUCUUGCUGAGGUCCAAGAAGACCCUUCUACGCCCCUCGACACCUCCCUCAUCGCCCGGUUGAAGCUCCAGCUCAUCGAUAAGACCGAUCCCGUUGUCCCCGCCACGCUCUUAUCACAGAUCGCAGUCCUUCUACCAGUCCUCCAAGAGGACCCUACACCCCUCACUACACUUGCUACUGCCGCCUGUGCAUCUUUCAGUUUCACGGAUAUUCGCUCCGUCGAACCGACAAUCAAUCUCAUCGCUGGCUUCAAGGCUCCGUCAGAACCUAUCAACCUUCUUGCUCUUUCACUACUGGCCAAAGCUGGACAAACGUCCAGUGAUGCUGCGAUAGUCGCCGGAGACUCGGAUUUGGUCGCCGCUCUGGUCGAGCUGUGGCUUUCUACUUCAUCAACAGCAGUUGCCCAGGCUGCACUCGAUGCGCUGUGGGCUCUCUUAGAAGUGGACUCAGCCAGUCCUCUUGAACAAGGCGAAUAUGACCAUACCAUCGAUGACGGACGGGCAGGCCAAGGCCUCAUGUGGAGGAGGGUCUUCACGGAUAAAGAUGUUUAUGGGCUGCUGUUUGGACUCUGCAGCCUGAGAAAUGAUGCGCCAGGAGAUUUGUCCAAGCGUGAGAGGACUGUCGCACAAGGAAGGUUAAUGGGGUUCCUGGUGAAGGCUGGUCGCUUACGCUGGGACAUUAUCUCCAAGUCUCAAGUUGCAGACGUGGAGGCCAAAUAUCGAAGCUCCAGUAUCCUUCAUUUUGCAGCUAGUCAGAUGGUGGACCUGGGCGACGUGUUGAUGCACAUGACCCUCCUGGGCUUCUUCAGGGACUUGCUCGAUAUUGAUGCUCCAGGUCUAGUGGCUCGCGGCUCCGUUCAGUCGGCAUCGACCUUCUCUUCCCCUGCUCUUGACUUCCUCAUCGCGUCGAACCUGCAUUCCAAAGUGUUGGAGUACUAUCUCGACGAAUCAAGGCUUGAUCCGGUUGAUCUGAUCUAUCUCUCCGGUCCAGUUAUGGCUUAUCUGUCAAAGUAUGCCGAGUCAUAUCCCAAUCAUCUUCUUACAAAUCCUCCAACUCUUCUCGACGGUAUCAUCGCGCGCAUUAACCGGGCUCUUGCGAUUCCCUCCACGCAAUGGGCACAUGGCGAAGUUCCAACGGGCCAUCUGGCCAUCCUGGCCUCUUUACCUCGGGUCCUGCUCAUCGAAGCUGGAAAGCAUGGUUCAAACCCCCUGUUGAACAUCCCCACCAGCCCACCUAAUGGUGAGGCAUUAGAUGUUCUCGGAAAGAUCUUCCAUGGUCCCUCCCGGACGGAAAUGCCUGAUGCGAUGGAUCUAAACACAUCGGGUCAGACUCCGACUGACUGGCACCAUGAAGCUGCUGCUGCUCGCAUGCUAUACUUCAUGUAUCUCAACCAUAAUCCUGGAUUCUGGACGGAUGUUGUUGCCGUCGCCGACAUCUUAGCAAUGAAGGAUGUUGCACUGUCUGCGAUUGCUUUCAUGAAUGCCAUCGUCCUGGCGAACUGGCAACCGCUACCGCCGGCCUCGCAUGUGGCCAACGUAUCGUCACGGUUUCAACUACCCUCCGAAGAAGGCUUGGGACAACUCUCACCAGCCUCAAGCGGUCUACUUCCUUUGUCCGGCCCGUGGGCAGUCCUCACUCCCCCUGCUUUGACAACACUGCUACCCUAUCUCUUCAAACCACCACGGUCAUACACUGAGUUUGUGGGAGGUGGUGCUGGUGACUCUCAACAUGCCGUUUGGAAAGUAGCUACGGCGAAACAUGAGGUUCUCGUUGCAUUGUACAACCGCCUUCGAGAAAGUGGUGGCCAGAUGGAAGGUUUCGAGGACAUCUUGCGAACCCUACGACAACGAGUCAGUGAAGGCCCCGUGGGUCCCAUCCAGUCGGCUGCUGCCCAGGUGGAGGCUGUUGGUCUGUGA